UACCUAUCCCCAUAUUAACGCACCGUGUGUAUCAAAGGCGCAAGCCUCCUUCGAUAAUUUCUUCUGACAAUGGCCAACCCCUCCAGCACUCUCCCUCUCUACCAAAGAUUCACCCGCAGAAACUACGUUUCUCGAGCCAUUGAACUUGCCAUCCUCUUCCUCCUCCUCUCUCUCCUGCUCCAUCGCCUCCUCUCUCCCAGAAUCCAAGCAUUCGCCUGGCUCCUGGCCUUUCUCUGCGAGUCAUGGUUCACUUUCGUGUGGGUUCUUGUUGUCAGCACCAAGUGGAACCAAGUGGAGUUCAAAACUUACCCUCACCGCCUCUUGCAAAGAUUGGAUAGGAAAGUGGAGCUCCCUCCGGUGGACAUGUUUGUGACAACAACUGAUCCAGUCUUGGAGCCGCCAAUCCUCACUGUGAACACCGUGCUCUCCUUGUUGGCCGUCGACUACCCGCCCCAUAAGCUGGCCUGCUACGUCUCCGACGACGGCGGCUCUCCUCUCACCUUCUACUCGCUGGUUGAAGCCUCAAAGUUUGCCAGGCUCUGGGUUCCUUUCUGCAAGAAGCACGGCAUACAGCUCCGGGCACCCUUCCGGUACUUUUCCAGUCAGUCCUCGUCUUCUCAGGAUGCUUCGCCAGAGUUCCUGCAAGAAAGGAAGAAGAUCCAGUGCGAGUAUGAGCAUCUUUGCCAGAUCAUUGAAGAUGCAUCCAGAAGGCCUCUUCCUUGUGAGCUCGUUGGCGACUUCAAGGAUUUCUCAAACAUACAACGUGGAAAUCACCCUUCCAUAGUUAAGGUUAUAUGGGAGAACAAGGAUCAUCCUUCAAAAGAUGGAUCAAUGCCACAUCUUAUCUACAUUUCCAGAGAAAAACGCCCUCAUCACUCACAUAAUUUCAAAGCUGGUGCCAUGAAUGUGCUUACAAGAGUUUCGGGAGUGAUGACGAAUGCUCCAAUCAUGCUGAAUCUAGACUCUGACAUGUAUGUUAAUAACUCUCAAAUUAUUCUUCACGCCAUGUGUUUCUUUAUGGGCAUCAAGAAUGAGAGGGAUUGUGGCUAUGUUCAGUCUCCUCAAGGCUUCUAUGGUGGAUUGAAGGACGACCCAUUUGGAAAUCAAUUGGAGGUUUUGUUGAAGUACGUGGGGUAUGGAAUAGUGGGAAUUCAAGGACCUUUUUAUCAAGGAACAAACUGCUUUCACAGGAGAAAAAUCAUUUAUGGAUUAUCACCAGAUGACAAGCAAAUCAACGGAAAGCUGCGCAACAUUGAGGCAUUGAAGAGCGUUUAUGGGAGCUCAAUAGAGUUCACCACAUCAGCUGCGGAGACACUGUCAGGGCUGAUGAUUGGCGAUUCAUCGGAAGGGGAUUUGUCGAGUUGCAUGGAUGCAGCUCACACUGUUGCUGGCUGUGGCUAUGAGUAUGGCACCAAAUGGGGCAGUGAGGUUGGAUGGAUGUACGGAUCUACAACAGAAGACGUGCAUACCGGGCUUUCCAUUCUAGGGAGAGGUUGGAGAUCCACCCACUGCACACCCGACCCGCCAGCAUUCUUGGGCUGUGCACCAUCUGGUGGGCCUGCAGCCAUGAUCCAGCAUAAGAGGUGGGCCACUGGAUUGCUUGAAGUUCUGCUCGGCCCAAAAAGCCCACCCAUCCUUAUGCUCAAAGGGAGGCUCCAGUUCCGGCAAGGGUUGGCCUACUUAUACGUCAUUUUUUGGCCCAUUCGGUCCAUUCCCGAGCUAUGUUACGCUGCUUUGCCGGCCUACUGUAUCAUCGCUGAUACUCAGUUCUUGCCCAAGAUGGGAGAAUCAGGCUUUUUGACAAUCAUUUUCGUCUUCCUCAUCUACAACUUCUACACUUUAUCUGAGUAUCUGCGAACUGGACUCUCAAUCCGCGCAUGGUGGAACAACCAGAGAAUGUGGAAGAUUGUCGCCAUGAACGCCUGGUUCUUCGGAGCCUUGAGCGUAGUCCUUAAGCUCCUCGGAAUAUCAGACACCAUUUUCGAAGUCACCCAGAAAGACCAGCUCGCUGCCGACGACAACACUGAUGCCAACGCCGGGAGGUUCACAUUCAACGACUCCCCUAUCUUCAUCCCCGGCACCACCAUCUUGCUGAUAAACCUAGCAGCCCUGGCCAUCGGAUUGCUAGGGUUCCACCCUAACCCCGGUGAAGAUGGAUUCGGGAUAGGGGAAGUUGUUUGUAGUGUGUGUGUAGUGCUAAUUUUUUGGGCGUUCUUGAAAGGCCUGUUUAGUAGAGGGAAAUAUGGGAUUCCUUUGCCGACCAUUUUCAAGUCCGGGGCUCUGGCGAUGUUGUUUGUGCAGUUGAGCAAAUUGAACUCUUCCAGUUGACUCUCAUGGUGCACAAAUUACUUGCCAUUUCAGAGUUCGAUGACGUGUUAAUUGCUCCCAUGGAAAGUCGUCUUGUUUUCACUUUGUUGAUUUGAUGUCAUAUCAAGGUUCGGUUCGGUCCGUAAUUUGAGAAGGGUGGUGUUAAUUACAGAAAAUGUAUAAAAAGAAUAAUCGUGACUGGAAUUCAGCCCCGUGCCUGCCCGGAAAAGUCGUCAUAGCCGAAGAAGAAGUCCGGUGCUGCCGCGAGUUAAAAAUGCUACUAGAGGGCACGGAGUCGUUUGGAAAACUGGGCCGGUUUUUUUCGAUUGGGCUAAAAUGUCGAACCUUAAUUCAAUUCUCUAAAAAGAGAAACCGUCACAGUAGGUCAGCCCAAGCUUAAAGAAGCUUAAGUAGACGAAUAUGUGUAGGCCCAAUCCAAUUGAGCCCAAUCUAGUAUAGUUCCAGUUGUAAUCGUAUUAUUUUAAGUGAAAAUUGCACAAACUAACCACUUUAAAAAUAAUAAAUUCGUUUUUA